AUGAAUUUUCUCUGGUCUAUUUACUGCCUUAAUCAGCGCUCCUUGGUACUGGUUUCUUCCGGGGCCUCUAGAACCUCAAAAUUUCUUCAAGCUUUGGCCACUCUCGGUAGAAUCCCUUUGCUUAGGCACACUUGGUUGCUGGAUGCUUGUGCUUUGCAGCGACAGAAGCCACGCUUGCUUACAACUUCUUGCGAUAUUGACAACAAUGGAGAUAGUAAUAGCUACAAACAGACUCGCUCAUCUGCAUUAGGCGUUCAUCUGGACUCGUCGUAUUGUUCCCCCUUUGAACUUAUGCGUAACAACCUUCAUCAAUAUCACCUACCCCGUGGUUUGGAUACUUACAGUGGAAGUAUGAUAUCCUGGAACGUAGUGCAUCCUCGCUUUCUGGACUCUUUCUCUUCCAAUUUCGCCGACAGGCCUUUUUUUCCUGCUGGAACUCGCGUCGUCGCUAUCCUUACCGAUGACACUAGUGUAUUUGGACGCCGCUGGUCUGAUAUCUUGGAUCUUCUUGCUGUUGUUCAAUCUCCAGAUUUGUAUCCUGCAUCUACCUCCGUCAAUCGGCUCCUCCUUCCAUUUGAUCAGGCUUUUGUAGGCCUGACUGACUGGCUGGCUGAACAGUCUUCUGUUGAUCAGACCUCUACAGAAUCUCCUGCUCAUUGCCCGCCUAUCGUGGAAUCAGAGAACAAUAUUAAUCUAAAGGAAAAACGACUUGUUCUGGUUGAUGUCGCUAGGUUGCCUCCUCUCGUUGCUCACCUUAUCUUCCGCCUUCCUGUUCGCUACAUCACUGUGGAUUGUCUCGUGCAUUCUCUGAUUCAUGGUAGACUGCUAGACCCCACGAGCAGAGAUGCUUUCACUUUAAAGACGCCAGUCAACCAAACAGAAUAG